AGUACCAGUAUGUACUAAUAUAAGUUUGUUUCUAAGUUUGUCUGCCUUGGAAGAUAAGGUUUGAGAUAUCACUGGAACCUCGAUUGUCAAGGAACCAGAGAUCUGAAGGAGUCCAGACAGCGCAGUCUGUGAUUGUGAGAAAGUUCUAGAAGAGAUUACGUCCUAGUCAAAAGUGUGAGAUCCAGUGUAUUUUGGGGUUAUCCUGAUCCAGACCUCACCAUUCUUCCCAUAUUACCAUGUGCAAUAAACUUGUUCUAUAUUUUAUAAUUUAUUACAGUGAAUGAUGUCCAUAAUUCUGAGCAAACAACUGCAACUGAGAUGCCAAAUACAACUUUUUCACUUCCUGUUGAAACCCGGAGAUGUAUUUCCAGACCAGGAAAUGGGCAAAGGACGUUCAUAGCUGUGCUUAUGGCCAGUGGUUUUUCAAAUUCAAUAGCUGAUCUGUAUAUUGUCACAUGCGAUAAAGCUGCUACGGUAACAGUCACAGUUCCUUAUUCAAGUUUUAGCAAGACGGUUAAUGUUUCAAGGAACAGCAGUGCUGGGGUGACCUUGAGCUCCUCUUAUACGGUGACUGAAGCAUACGUGACUAACAAGGCUGUGCUGGUGACUUCAGAUGUUGAAGUGUCCGUCUUUCUAUAUCACCAUGCUUCUGGUCAUGGUGAUGCCAUGGCUCUUCUUCCAUUAGAAGACCUGGGGACUGAAUAUUUCAUACCUAGUUUAUCGCAAUCUGGAUCAUAUAAAGAGUUUGCUGUGGCCAAUGGUCUUCAAGAGAAUGUUCAGUUGACUAUAACAGUUUCAGGACAUAUCGCAUAUAAUGGAGCAAAUUACUAUACUGGUCAUAACAUCUCCGUGACACUUGGAAGGCAGCAAGUUAUCCAGUUUUAUAGCUCCACUGACCUUACUGGAACCAGAGUCCUGUCUACUGCUCCAGUUGCUGUUUUUAGUGGUCAUAAUUACUAUUAUGGUCCCUCUGGAAGUUAUGACCCAAUCUUUGAACAGAUCCAUCCUGUGCGGAAUUGGGGAACAUUCUUUGCCAUCUUCCCAUUGUUUAACCACACUCGAGACAUUGUAGAUAUAAUAUCUGCAAAUGCAGAUACUGUGGUGAAUGUCACAGAUCUAGGGAAGACAACCCAGCACAGUCUACAGAGAGGAUCCCGUGUUCAGCUAACUUUAAAAAAUGAGAUUACAGUGAAGUCUUCCAAACCCAUCAUGAUCUCUUAUGUCUUCCAAGAGUCAAAGUCAUGGACCUUUGUGUCAGCCUACAACCCUUUUUUGACCACUGUUCCUCCAUCGUUACUGGGAUUAAACUACUAUCAAUUUUAUACAAAAAAUAUCUACUACAGCUUCCUCAUGAUCAUAUCCCAAACUUCCUCUGUCUCUGGGUUCUACCUGGACCAGAAGCCCCUUAGCUCAUACAGUUAUUGGGUGAAGGAGUCUGGCGGAUUCUGGGCCUGGGAGGUCUCUUUGGGUAAAAGUGAAGGAAGACAUGAAAUAUUCCACAAGUACUUCACGUUUACGAUCUAUGUUUAUGGUGUUGAAAGUUAUACGUCUUUUGGAUAUUCAAUGGGCCAGGAGACCCUCCAUCCAGCAUCACUACAAUGUCUCUCACGUGGAGCUGAGUACAGACUUCCAUAUAAUUUAUUGGCUGCAGCCAACCUUAAAGUACUCGAUAUUCACCUUGAAGAUCCUCAGUGCCAAGGACACCUGGAAGGGAGGGAAGUACUUUUAAAAAUACCAUUCACUCAAUGUGGAUCCACUCUUCAGCAUGAUGAGAAUGGGAAGUCAUACUAUAAAAACACCAUCUAUGGAACCGUCCCCAACACCGACGUCCAUCGUAUUGAGGUCCCAGUGAAGUGCGAAUUGGACAGCAACCAGACAAUCAACUUCAACCUGGUCCCGCAAAUUGCUAGUUCUGUUUCUCGAGGAGGCAACUUCAACAUCUCACUGAAACUCUACAAGAGCGACAGCUUCACUCAUCCAAUUACAGAGUUCCCAGUUGAAGUUGACCUUCACAGUAUCCUUUAUGUGGAGUUGGUGGUUGAGUCACAUGACAAGGAUCUGCAGAUACUUGCCGAACAUGUCAAAUCAUCUCCAUUAUUAAAUAGCUCAGAGAAAUCCUACAACAUCAUCAAGCAUGGGUGUCUCCAGGACUCCACCUUGCAGACCUAUCCGACUACAGACAGGCGAUUGCAGAGAUUCAGCUUCCACGUGUUCAAGUUUAAAGAUGUCCCGGGAGUUUAUCUCUCCUGCGAUGUUGUCAUCUGCCACAAUCGAACUUCUGCUAACCGCUGUGCUCAAGGCUGCCUUUCUCCAAGACAAAAGCGUCAUAUUCACAACUCAGAUUCAGCCAGUUUGGCUGUGGGUCCCAUCCUCCUCAAUAAAAGUAAGCCCAGUCCAGGAGUGCCAUCCUCGCUUUUUGUGGCCGCGGUCUGUGUUGUCGGGGUCCUGGCAGUGACUGGCCUCGUGGUACAGAGACGUUACUAUAAGAAGCAGCAAUACAUAAAGUUACACAACUGCUAUGAGUGACCGAGCCCUGAAGGGGCCACUAAAUCCUGGGAUGGGACAAGGACUGCGCAGGAAGGGCAAUGGGCAAUGUGCCAAUGUAUGCCUUUGCUUUUGUGUCUUUGAUAAUUUGUUUGGAAUUCAUUAUUUUAUGAUCACAAUUUAUUUAUACAAU